AGACUAUUUUUGAUUAUUUGUAUAUUGACCUGGUUGUCUUUCAAAUUUGUCUGACAUGUCAGGAAAUCCUUUUGCAUUUACUUUAUCUUUUAUAGAGUUACCUUCAGAUACCGGGAUACUAAAUUUAUCAGCAAUCAUCUGUGCAUUAACUUUUUUCAUUUCAGCAAUUGCUUCAUUACAAGCUAUUUCUUCUUUAGUUGGUGGUUCUAGUCGUCGUCCUCUUAACCACUGUGACCAUUCUGGCGUUGGUACACCAGUUUCCUCGUCUACAGGAACAAACCACCUCCUCGGUAAACGACGACCACCUUGAGGAUCAGCUGGUAUUUCAUAAUAUUUAUUUCCUUGUGCAUCAGAACCAAUAGGUUUUUCUGCGGCUUUAGGCAUUAAAGAUUUUACAAAGUUAUUAAACACUAUUCUCCAUAAAUGCCUUUCCCGUGGAGGCAUUUUUAAUUUAAAAUUUUAAGUUACAGUAGGCAAGUAAAAAAUUAACUACAAAAAUAAUUAUACAAAUUACAUAAGUUAAAUACUACUGUGAUUAAUCAUUUACAUAUAACAGCGUUAAGAAAAAAAGUAUCUUAUUGUUAUGACUUACGUUAUAUAAAAUAUUAAUUAUAAAUUUAUCUAUUCUAUCCCAGAUAAAUAAUCUGCGGAACUAUUAAAUUACCAUCUUGAUAACGGGCUAUAUGAUAAAAAAAUUACUGGUAAUAAUGAUUUUAGAUAAUCUUAAAUUAUGUAGGUAAGUUGGCAACUCAUGUUUAUCAACUUUCAAACAAAACUGCAUGUGUACUCUCGUAGAAAAAUACACGGCCAUAUUAUAUAAUAAUCGUUAUCGUAAUUUACCGACUUGCCCAUAGAUAAUAAAAGAUUUGUAUUCUUUUAUUAUCUAUGGACUUACCUAUCUCUUUAGGCACGAUAACUUGGAAAAGAUCUUAAUAUUAUCAAUUUGCGGUCCGAUACCGUUUCAAUUUUUAACCAUUUUUUGUGUCAUAUAUAGCAUUGAUUAAAUAAUAGUAAUUAUAUAAUUUUAAAUAAUUUAAUUAAUGGUACAGUAAACUAAACGACUACCGGUAUCGGCAGGACUAGGAGUCGUUGUUAAAUAAUAAAACACUUCUUGAAGUUAAUUAAUAUUAGUAUAAUAAUAAAAAGUAAUAUUGAUUAAACUUGAUAGUUAUAUAAUUGUAAAUGAUAGUUGAUAAUUGGUGGUUCCAUUAUAAUUAAUCAUAAUCAAUAUUAAUCAAUCAUUAAUAGAACUUAUUCGGGCUUACGCCUAUUGAGUACUUAUUUUAAAUCCAAAUUACGCGCACAUUCCAUUUUAUUUUUAUGUGUAUCUAAAAUUAUUAUGACUAUGUGGUCAUCAACUAAUCAAAAAAUUAAUAAUACAACUAUAUUUUAUAGUUUUACACUAGAAAACAAUUUUUAUUAUUUCAAAUUUACAAAUUUAGUAAAAUACUGGGAAAAAUCCUCGCAAGAAUCGUUGUUUUCAUCAUUGUACACUGAUGAAAUCAUCGAAACAGAACCUAAAACUAUCUGUGAAUAUCUUGCCAAUAUAGAGAAAAAGAGUUCUUUGGAUUGGAGUUUUGUUGAAAAAGAAUCUAAUUUAAAUGUUGGUUUAAGUAUUAAUUUAUCAGAUGGAUUUUGUAUUAAUCUAGAAUUUGAUGUGGAGUUAAAAAACAGUGAACAUUUUUACAAAAAUAUAACUAUGGCUCUACUAAUGACAAUAAAAAGCCUCAAUAACAAUCAAGACAACUUAAUAUCACUUAUAAAAAAAAAAGACGAAGAAAUCAAAGAGUACAUUCUAGAAGGAGGCCAAAUAUCCUGCAAAAAUAUUCAAACUGAAAGAUUUGAUGAAAAUGAAUUUUUUAAAAACUAUUCACAAAUCAAUAAUAUAAUUCAAGUAUUUUCUUCAGAGUAUGUAAACAAGUGCAUUACAAUUGAUAAGAAUGGCUUUGAAAAUAUAGGAAAAGAUUAUUUGGAUAAAAAUAAUUCUACAACCAAUGUGAAGGACACAACAAGUUGUUUUAAAUUAUCUAAAAGAACAUCAGAGAUUUCGAAUGUUCCUUUAGAAGUAAAAAAAAGAAAAAGAAAAAAUACACUUUUAAUUUAAAUUUUGAUGUACUAUUUUAUUUUUGUUCAUUUAAACAUCAUCCCUCAUCUAAGAGAAUAACUACAGGAUAACAGGCCUUUUGUGUCAAAGUGAAAACCCCCCCCAAUUAAUAUAAUUUUUUUUUUGUUAAAUGUUUACAGAAUUAUUGGACUGAAAUACUCAAGUAUCACUAAAUGUGUUUGGGAUUUAAAGGGAGGGGGCCAAAACAAAAUAAUAAUACAUUUAAAAAAAAAAAUGUUUACUUUUUAAACUAAAAUACACUUAGAAAUUGACAUUCACUACCUACCAUAUAAAACUAUACAAUUAUAUAAUAGCUGAAACAAUUUUAAACUGACAGCAAUAAAUUAAGUGCUCCUAUACAUUUUCCUAAAACUUUACUAUCAUUGCAGUGCAUUAUUUAAAUAAAAUACUACAUAACAUAUGUAU